GCCACAGAACCGGGCCCCUCGGCCCGUAGCAGCAAGACGCGUUCAACGCCAACAAGCAGCUGAUCGCGUACCCACCGCACGCCGGCAGCCCGCUGACGCUGCGGACAGACUUUGACCCUAUCGCCGCGAGUACGAGCAACUGGCUGUGCUGGUGCACCCACUGGGGGAGCAGAGAUCCUUCGCGCCCGGUUCGCAGGCCGUGAGCGCGUGAACGUCGACGGUGGGCGCAGCGGCGCAACUUCCGCGUGCACCUUUAUAGCCAAUCGCGAUGCCACGGCCAGCAGUAGGCGCAGAUGGCGUCGAAGCUUCGCCUCCUAAGCCUGCACUAAGGACAGCGUCCUACAUGCCACCUUGGGUUCAUAUGGCGGCUGGCGCGACUGCAGGAAUAGCGACGUCGAUCGUGACCGCACCGCUGGACGUCCUACGGACACGACUUCAGUCCGACUUCUACCGCCUUCCGUCGCGGCCGACAUUGGCAGCUGAGUAUGCCGGCGCGACAUUGCGACAUCUAUUAACCGCUCCAUUCCAUCAUACAGCAGAAACCUUUGGUAUCUUGGGAUCGAUAAAAGCUAAGGAGGGCUGGCGUGGACUCUUCCGUGGCCUUGGCCCAAGUCUCGCUGCUGUCGUUCCCGCAACCGCCGUCAAGUUUUACGUCUACGGAAACUGCAAGCGUUUGGGGGCUUCCAUACUCGGUCGAGGAGAGGGUGACUCAUUCGUCCAUGCUCAAGCUGCCAUUCUUGCUGGUGUCGCAACUGCAACCGCCACAAAUCCCAUUUGGUUGGUCAAAACACGACUUCAGCUUGAUAAAUCUCAGGUCGCUGGCGGUGCUACGCGGCAAUAUCGAGGCAGUCUGGACUGCGUCCGAAAAGUCCUGCGUCAAGAGGGCAUCCCUGGGCUGUAUCGGGGCUUGACUGCCAGCUACUUGGGCACGGUUGAGACGGCUUUUCACCUGAUACUAUACGAGCGGUUCAAAGUUCUUUUUCACAAAUCCUUGCGGCCAGAGAAUUGGGAUAACCCCAUGCUCAAUGAAUUGGCGACAUGGGCGAGCACCACUGGCGCAGCUGGGACGGCUAAACUUGCUGCGGUGCUGAUGACCUACCCACAUGAGGUUGUACGCACUCGGCUCCGGCAAGCCCCAACAGUGGGUGGAAGGCCUAAAUACACGGGCCUCAUACAGUGCUUCACUUCCGUAUGGGCCCUGGAGGGUUGGCGUGGUCUCUAUGGUGGCCUCACGCCGCACCUUGUGCGGUCUAUCCCAUCCGCCGCCAUCACACUGGGAGUGUACGAAUUCGUCUUGAGGCUGGUGAGGGGAUAGAUGCCGGCUCGAACAAAACAGGACCCAGGAAGUUGGUAAGUAAACAUGAGGUCGUAGACGGCAUUGCGAUAUUAGCACCUGAGAACACUUGCGAGGGUAAAGCGCAGCCUUCACACUAAGAUCGCAAACAACCAUCCCUUUCCGAACGAGCGUGUAUUAGUACAACGAAUGCUCCCUCACUAGGCGCGUAAAAUAGAAUUUCCUCUC